AUGGUUCUCGCGGUCGACCUUCUCAACCCUGCUCCUCAGGCUGAGGCCCGUAAGCACAAGCUUAAGACCCUUGUGCCUGCCCCUCGCUCGUUCUUCAUGGACGUCAAGUGCCCCGGCUGCUUCACCAUCACCACCGUCUUCUCGCACGCCCAGACCGUCGUCGUCUGCGCCGGCUGCUCGACCGUCCUCUGCCAGCCCACCGGUGGUAAGGCCAGACUCACCGAGGGAUGCUCUUUCCGGAGAAAGUAG